CGUCACCCUGCACCUCCUCCUUCCUUUCUGCUUGGGGAAAACAGCAACAGGCCUCCAAAAGGAAAGCAAUUUGGCCCUGGGUGUUGCAGCCUCCAACUUGCUUCGUGCCCCAUAGGUGGGUAGCCGAAGCACUCCAACCCUUCUGCCUAGCAGAUGUUUUCUGGGUUUUUGGUUUUCGUUACAAUAUGGGCUCACACCUCCUCUCCUCCCUCCCCCUCUCACAGCCACUUGAAGGCAACAGGGUGGGUGGGAGCAGGGGCCUCUUCCUGGCAUUCACAAACUGGAAUUGUGGCUUUGGGGACUCAGGGGAGGGGUGGCCCCAGUUCUCUGAUGAUGGAGUCAAGGUCCAGGAACCUGGGCAUGUGUUAGAAGGGGAAGCCAGGGCUUCAGGACAGUGUGAGCACUCCCACUUGGUUGCCCAUUCAGUGGAUGAAACAAGGGCAGUGACAGAAGGACCCAAGCCUUGCCCUGGGGCUGGGCCAGGCCAAAGGCCUCUCCUGGCCCCACGUCUGCAGCAACACAUGCAAAAGAAUUCCACCUGUAUUUUCAACUGUCCAGGUUUGUCCCCUCCAUGCCUGGAAAGGGUUAAGACCCUGAGACAGGUUGCCUGAAGGCCAGGAGUGAGGCUGCUGAAGACUCAUGGGUCUCAGCUGCUGCCCCGGAGGAGGCCCCGCCCCGCCCUGUCCAGCUGCCUGAAACUGUUUGCAAGGGAGCCCCGCUUUCCUCUCUCUCUCUUCCAGCCGGCUGCCCACGUUGGGGGGGGGGAGUGGCUCCCAGGAGAUGGGGGAACGAGAAGCAACUCAGUGGCCACGAGUGGAAACAGGGCUGGGGAAGGGGAUUUGUCCUGCCAGGGAUCAGGAUCCGGUCCUUCCUAUGCCGGUUAUCCAAAGAGACCCACAGUAGGAGCAGAAAAAUGAAGGCAGGCUGCCCGGUGGUGGAGAAGCCGGAGGUAGGCGGAGGUUACCAUUUCCCUGACUGGGCUUACAAGACCGAAUCCAGCCCGGGCUCCCGGCAGAUCCAGCUGUGGCACUUUAUCCUGGAGCUGCUACAGAAAGAGGAGUUUCGGCACGUCAUCGCCUGGCAGCAGGGCGAGUACGGGGAGUUUGUCAUCAAGGACCCCGACGAGGUGGCUCGGCUGUGGGGCCGCAGGAAGUGCAAGCCCCAGAUGAACUAUGACAAGCUGAGCCGGGCCCUCAGGUAUUACUACAACAAGCGGAUUCUCCACAAGACAAAAGGGAAGCGUUUCACCUACAAGUUCAACUUCAACAAGCUGGUGAUGCCCAAUUACCCCUUCAUCAACAUCCGUCCCACGGGUGUGGUUCCGCAGAGCGCUCCUCCGGUUCCCACGGCCUCGUCCCACUUCCACUUCCCUCCGCUGGACAGCCAUUCACCCACCGAAGAGGCUCAGCCCCACCGGUUUUCUGGACGAUCCCUCCUGCCCUCCGGCCCAGAGGGCCUGAACAGCGGCGGCGUCAGCGAAAAGUCCUCUCCCGCUCCGGAGCUGGACGGCAGCUCUCCGGACUGGCGCCGCGGGAUAGACCUGCUGGCCUCUCGCAGCGCUGCCCCGGGGGCCCCCGGCCAGCCGAAGCGGAAACCCGACUUGGCCCUCCCUCUUUUUGCCCGGUCUGGGCUGUAUCCGGACCCCAACAGCCCUUUCGCCGUCUCCCCGCUUCCUGCCCGGGGAGGGGUCCUGAACGUCCCCCUCUCCCCCGCCUUAUCCUUGACCCCGACCCUCUUCUCCUACAGCCCCUCCCCGGGGAUGAGCCCCUUUGGCGCCGGGAGCAGCUGCUUCACCUUCAACCCGGAGGAGAUGAAGCACUACCUGCACUCCCAGGCCUGCUCCGUCUUCAACUACCACCUGAGCCCCCGGACCUUCCCCCGCUACCCGGGCUUGCUGGUGCCCCCCAUCCCGUGCCCGCCGGCCCUGCCUGAGGAGCCGCCGGCUUUCUCCAUCAAGCUGCAGCCUCCGCCGGUCGGACGCAAAAACCGGGAGCGGAUGGAGAGCGGAGGAGGAGGAGGAGCCACCGCCGGUUUGCAGCCCCCUCCGUCCUCCCCCCGGAUCAAGACGGAGCCUGUUUUGGAUCAGGAGCUGGAAAGCAAGGGAUCCCCAGAGAGGAGAGAACCGUCAGAAGGGGCGGGCACCUCGGGUCCCCCCAAGAGGGAGGAACGGGAGACGUCCGUCUUUGCCAGGCCGGUCACCCCGUCGCGGCUGGUGGCCCCCCUGGCCCCGAGCAAGCCCAGCCUCUCUGGGGCAGAGAAAACCAAGGAGGAGGAAGGGACCGGCCAGAGUGCCGUGCUCCAGGACCCUCGGGGGGAACCGGGCCCCCCAGAAAAGAAGGAGGACGCCGUGAUGCCCCCCAAGCUGCGCCUGAAGCGGAGCUGGAACGGCGACCGGCGCGGAGAGGUGGCGGAGGAGGGCCCCGGCCGGAAGCCCUCCUGGGGCAACAGCCUGGGCACCCCCCACAUCCUCCUGGCCCCCAAGGCCGCCGCGGAGAGCGGGUUGUGAUGUAGCAAAAGGGUUGCCUCGGUGGGGCAGGGGAUGGGCAGGGAGGGGGGACUCGACUAAGGCUAGGCAUUUUGGAGCGGCUGCUUUCCGUGGGCGUGUAGGCAGGCAGGCGCCCGCUCGUGGCAGGUGAAACGCAGGGCAUCCUCUUCUGAAGCGGGCGGGCGGGCGCGCGGGUCCUCAAGGCGAGGCUGCCGCUCGGCCCUUUUUGCCGCAGCACGGCUCUUGCCUUUCCUUC